AUGCCACAAUCAAGACCAAAACCCUCUGAAAUAGCAGCCGAAGCAAAGCGAGUAUGGAUGCCUCACAUUUGGAAACACUACAUUCGAGACUCCAAGACGUCAUAUCUCUAUCCAGAUUCUGCACAAAUACGAGUCAAUGUCGACAAGCGCUCAUCACAACGAACCAGAGUCGCGGUCAUGGAGGGCGACCCUGUCAACUAUGCCCUGGGCUGGUACCAGAGUGCUCUCAAUGCGGAUCCAAACUGCAAGAGAAUUCCUGUGGUCAAUGUAGCCAACGAAAAGCGCGCAGGUGGCGACUGGGAAUCUGGCCUCAUGGCUCCAGAAGAGUGCUUUGCGCGGAGAAGCAACCUGGUCCACGCUCUCACCAUGCCCUGGAACGCACAAUUAGGCGUCGAAGAGAAUUUCUACCCCAUCCCACAAAGAGGUGGCAUCUACUCUCCCGAAGUGUACGUUUUCAGAGCCGGUCCGGAACAAGACUACGCAGCUUUUGCAGACAUGGCCUCACUUCCCGUGAUAUCAGUCGCUCCAGUGCGGCGUCCAAAACUUGACGAGAGCGGUUGCAAAUACUCAUUUGCACAAGAACGAGAGUUAAUGCGAGAGAAGAUGCGAGCAGUGCUGCGCAUCGCAUCCUACUGCGGCCAUCGAAACUUGGUUUUGGGCGCGUUUGGUCUCGGACCAAUCUUCCGCAACCCGGCGCAGGAAGUAGCGUGCAUGUGGAGACAAUUACUCUUUGAGGAAGAAGAGUUCCAUGGCGCGUUCCAGGAUGUAGUCUUUGCCAUUGACAGUAGCAUGGUCGGAUCACCAAGCAAGGGCUGCAUGUCUGACGUGGACAUUUUUAGGCGCGAGUUCGAUCCUGCCACCAUUUGGCCAACAAAGUGGUGA